CGGAGCCUUCCUCCUAACACGAACGCUGCGCCUUGUUUGUGCCCGCCCGAACGUCCAAAAGUCAGCCUUGUCCUUGACGAUGAGCCCUCAGUAAAUACUCGAAUGGUACACGCCUGUUCCGCCGCACAAUGUCCCCCAGUGCGCGACUGAAACGCGGCGCCGAACAUGGAUUUCGAGGUCUCCUAUGAUUUGGAGACUGCCGACCAAUUCUGGGACGAGCUCGAAGACAUCGUCUCCUCGUCGUGCUCCACCCACGAGGCAAUCGACAACUCGCUGCGCUCAUACCUAGCCUUUACCACUAAAUUUCGCUCAGAGUUCCUGCAAGACGAGUACGAUAUCGCAAAAUGCUCGUACAAGCUGCUCGACUCGCCCAUCUUCACCGCUCACACGGAGUAUGUACGGCGCCAAUGCGUGUAUGCCCUUCUGCAGGAGGACGAGCCCGCGGCGCUGCAUCUCCUCGCAGCGAUCCUGCUUUGCGACGGCCGCGCGAACGAGGAGACGCUGUUCAUGCUUCAGCAAGAGGGUGCGUUUCCAAGGCUGGUUGAGCUUGUGACCGAGUACAACGGCCGAGAGGGCGAGGAACAGCUGCAUCGAAUGCUGUUGGACAUCAUGUACGAGAUGAGCCGGAUCCAGAGGCUUACCUGGGAAGACCUGUCGGCCGUAAACGACGGAUUCGUAAUCUCUCUGUUCGCGAUCACAGAGUCACUCUCGUCCGAUGCCUCGGACCCUUACCAUUAUCCGGUCAUUCGCGUCCUUCUAGUGCUGAACGAGCAGUACAUGGUGCUGUCUGCAUCAGCGACGGCAGACAUGCCCCCCAUCACGAACAGAGUCCUUAAAGCGCUGAGCGUUUAUUCGAGCCGAUACAAAACCUUCGGCGAGAACUUGAUCCUGUUGCUCAACAGAGAAAGCGAGACGAGCCUCCAAUUGCUCAUCCUCAAGUUGCUGUACCUGGUCUUCAACACGAAAAGCACGGCGGAAUACUUCUACACCAACGACCUUCACGUGCUUACGGACGUCAUCCUCCGAAACCUUCUCGACCUCCCCGCCGAAAACGAAGCCAUGCAGGCCCUACGCCACACGUACCUCCGCGUGCUGCACCCCUUGCUCGCCAACUCGCAGCUCAGCAAGGCGGGCAUGUCGUACAAGCCCCGCGAGAUUCUCACCGUGUUGCGCAUACUGGAGGGCAACACGGGAAACAGCCUUCACUUCGCCCCGUCAGACCCCACGACGGUGCGCCUGGUCCAGCGCUGCAGAUCGGUACCCUGGCUGCAAGAGGCGUACGAGAAGAUGGUCGGCAACGGCGAGAUGAGCCCCCUUCCGGACGACGAGAACGAACGUGGCAGCCCGGCUUCGCGCCGCGGCGUAGACCCCGCGCGCAAGGAAGGCGACGGGGCAAAAGAGGUUGCCAACAAGCUGCUCGGCAUGACGCUCUCGCAGGGCGGCGACUCGGCGCUGAGCGUCGCCGCCGUGGCCGAACACAUGGAAAAGCCCGGCGUCAUCACGCCGUCGAAGGGCUACGGGAACGGGCCCGCCCGGCCGUGAGUGUCUCCCCGACUUGAAAAGCAUCAUCCUAUCCCAUCCUCCUUCUCCCCCACCCCAUCCCCUUUCUCCCU